UUUCAUAAUAUCCCAAAACUCUCUCUCUCUUUUCCUUUGUAAUCAUUUUCUUUAACCAUAUUAUGACUAUUUCGUGGAGUCCCUGUUUUUGUUGUUGAUUUUACCAUCUGGGUCUGUCUUUUUUUGGUGUCUUUUAGAGUUUGUUACAUAAUUCUCACUUUGUUUCUUUCCAAAAACAAAAGGGGUUUACUUUCUUUUGUUUGUUCUUUCCCUCUUCAUGAGGUUUGGAUUUCUCACGUGGGCAUUGCAGUUACAGAAACAUUCUCUCUCCCCCCUUAUUUCUUGCUCUUAUUUCUAUGUUCUUUGACAAAACAGAGAAAAUUCAAUGACAGCUUAAAGAUUUUCUUCAUUUGUUGAGAAUCAAGGUUUUACAUUUUUUUUUCUUUUUGACUUUAUGGUGGUGGUGCCUGGAAUGAAGUUUCAGCUGGAGAAGUGUAUUUAUAUUGCAUAAUUAAAGAUGGGAAGGGUUAAGCUCAAGAUAAAGAGGUUAGAGAGCACUAGCAAUCGACAAGUGACUUAUUCAAAAAGGAGACAUGGAAUUUUGAAGAAAGCUAGGGAAUUGGCAAUACUGUGUGACAUAGAUAUUGCUCUUCUCAUGUUUUCACCAACUGGGAGAUCUACAUUAUAUCAAGGAGAGAACAGAAAUUUUGAAGAGGUUAUUGCAAAGUUCUCACAAUUGACUCCACAAGAAAGGGCAAAAAGGAAAUUGGAGAGCCUUGAAGCACUAAAGAAAACCUUCAAGAAGUUGGACCAUGAUGUAAAUAUAGAAGAUUUUCUGGGUUCAAGCUCUCAAACAGUGGAGGAAUUGGGUAAUCGAUUAAGGCUAUUGCAAGUUCAACUUACAGAACUACAAAAGAGACUGAGCUAUUGGAGUGAUCCAGAAAAAAUUGAUAAUGUCGAAAAUCUAAGGCAGAUGGAAGACUUGCUACGAGAAUCAAUACAGCAAAUACGUCUACAAAAGGAAAAUUUUGGAAAACACCAGCUAGCUUCACUAGAAUGCGCUACCCAGUUUCAAAAUGGGAUGCCUUUACCUAUGCUAAUGAAUAGUGUGCACGAUGCCCAAUCCCUAUCAUGGCUUUCAAACAAUGACAAUCAACAUAUGCUAUUUCCCCAUGAGCCAAACUUCCUGCCACAGAGAGAUGUGGACUGCUCCUCAGAUGUCUCGCUUCCAGGUUAUUCUGGUUAUUUUAGCACUGAAAAGAAAGAUGCGGUUGGAAAUACAAUACAACUUGCUCAUAUGGGAUCUGGAGGUGGUACCUUGGAUGAGUUAAGUAGAAAUACUUGUUUAAGUAUGCAACUUGGUGAGCAAUACGCAUAUCCUUCGUAUGGUAGUUCAAAUUUGCUCGAAGAUGAUACUAAGUUGAAGCCUCAGAUGGAGAUGAACUUACAAGUGAAUCCUUUGGAUUAUCAAAUUAAUAAUAACUUUGGAGUGUCUAGACCGUUGUGUGACAGUGGGCAUCAUUCCUGGUUUUCUGCAUCGGCGCCUUGUAGCAUUUCCAUAUACAAUCAGAAUGGCUACCAGUGCAACCAAAUUGACUCUCAAGAGCCACGUUAAUUUUUAUCUAGAAGAUGAGGAUGGUAGGUGAAAGACUUUUCUGCGCAUUGCAUUUGAAGAUUUGGCUAUCCCUUCUUUUAAUGGAGUUGAAAACAAAUUCUGGAUGAAUUCUGCCAUGAAAUAAGAAUAAUCUAAAAGAUGUAUAAUUUCUCAUUUGGUUACCAAAUCUCAUAGAUGUGUUUGCCGGAUCAUUGUAUGAGACAGAAAAACAUGUACAUCUGAAAUUGAGACUUCUCACCCCCCACCCCCUUUUUUUUUUGAGACAGUUACGAUAGGGAUGGUUUCUGAUAUUAGUCUUCCAUCACCUUGCUUUAAAUUAAAUUGCUUCUGUGUUGAAAUAAAUGUAAUCUAAAAGAUGUACAGUUUCCUAUUGGAUAUUUUGGUUACCAAAUCUCAUAGCUGUAUAUGCUGUAUAAGACAGAAAAACAUGUAUAUCUGCAAAUUGAGUCAUCCCCCCCCCCCCCCCCUCUCUCUCUCUCUCUUAAAAAAGUUAUAAUACGGAUGGUUUCUGAUGUUAGUUUUCAAUCACCAAUGCUGUAAAUUAAAUUGCAGUAGAGAAUGAAUGCGAUUACACAUGGAAUUUGAAUUUCAAAGGGGGCAGGAGUUAUAUGCUUCAGAAAUUAAAAUCUAACUGCUAAGUAGCUGAUGUAAUCUGCAUGGAGAUAUUAAUUCCAUUGUAGUUCUGUACAUGGAUACUUGUUCACACUGAUGCCAAAUCUCACUCAAAAACCAUGCCCUCACGGUUACAGAAUAAAUAAAACAGGUUCUGAUAUCAUCACUAAUGGACUUAGGAGCCACUCAGUGUCUGGACAAUGGUGUUGUGCCAUGGGUCAGAGAUGUGCUGCAAGAGAUUCUCAAAUGGUCCUUUUCCAGUCACAUUGUGUUGAAUGAUAAAUCCCAAGAAUGCCAACAUGGCCAAUCUCCCUGCAUACAGUUCAAAUCAAGCAAAAGUUUAGUCUAGUUCUAUACAAAUUCUCAGCUAGCUGAAUCAACCAGGUUCAAAUUGAAAAAAUUACCAUUUGCAAGCUCUUUCUCUUUGGCCUCAAGAGUGGGUGCAAAGUUGAGUGGGUUGAAAAUGCUUCCUGGGUAUCCACACUCAUGUGGAGGCAAGCUGUAUUGCUUAAAGAUGGGGUCUUGGUUGACACAUCCUGGGUUUUUGAUGUCUUGCCACCUUCUGAUCUCAA